AGAGGAGAUGAUCCAGAUUGUCUACACUGCUUGUGUUAGGUCAUUGUGGAUGGAUUAAAACUCUGAGAAAGAGGCAAAGAAGUUGGAGUUGUCUAACACAGCAAUCCUUCAUCAGAUUAGGAGAGACCAAGUCACAGAUACGUGUCGAGCCAACAGCAUGUCUAGCAGGAAACGCCGUGUGCUGACACCCAACGAUCUCAAACAUUUGGUGGUGGAUGAAAAUCAUGAAAUGAUCUAUUGUUAUGUACCCAAGGUGGCCUGUACAAACUGGAAGAGGGUCAUGAUGGUCUUGACAGGAAGGGGCAAAUACAGUGACCCCAUGGAAAUACCAGCCAAUGAAGCCCAUAUAUCCUCAAACCUGAAGACCCUCAACCAGUACAGCAUUCCAGAGAUCAACCACCGCUUAAAAAGCUACAUGAAGUUCCUGUUUGUACGUGAACCUUUUGAGAGACUGGUGUCAGCCUAUAGGAACAAGUUCACUCAGAAGUACAACACCUCCUUUCACAAGAGAUACGGUACCAAAAUUGUGAGGCGCCAAAGGAAAAAUGCCACCCAGGAGGCACUGCGUAAAGGCGAUGAUGUGAAAUUUGAGGAGUUUGUGGCAUAUCUCAUUGACCCAAAUACCCAAAGAGAAGAACCUUUCAAUGAGCACUGGCAAACUGUCUACUCCCUCUGCCACCCCUGCCAUAUCCAUUAUGACCUCAUAGGAAAGUAUGAAACACUUGAAGAGGAUUCCAAUUACAUCCUUCAACUUGCAGGAGUAGGCAGCUACCUGAAGUUCCCCACCUAUGCAAAGUCUACAAGAACUACUGAUGAAAUGACCACAGAGUUCUUCCAGAACAUCAGCUCGGAACACCAAACACAACUGUACGAAGUCUACAAACUUGAUUUUUUAAUGUUCAAUUACUCAGUGCCAAGCUACCUGAAAUUGGAAUGAGGGGGAGAAGGAAGAAAGAGAGCCUGUUUUAUUUAAGAUUUUUAUUUGUCAUAAUAAAUAUGGAGAAUUGUUAUUUUGUAAAUUAAUAUUUUCCUUUUGAAUGAUGCUGCGAGCAGCACAGUCAAAAUUAUUUAAAUCAUCCAUUAGAAAGGACAGUUCUCUUUGCAGGGUAACAGGAUGAUGGUGAUCUCGCUUUAGAAAUGAUUAUUACUGCUACACUGUUUAUAAACGUUAGUUGUGUUCUGGUGAAUUUCAUUUAUCUUUGCAUUCAACAAAUUCUAAUUAAUGUUAUUUAUACUUAUUUAAAACAUGGUCUCUUGGUAGGUUUCACUUGAGCAGCAGAAAUACAAUAAUAUUUGGACAAAGGGAAUCUGGUUUUGUGCUUUCCUCAGCUGAAUUUAUUUGUUUAUUGUUACUAGCAGUAUGUUUUGGAAACCCUAAUAGAAAUAAUUUCUUCCAAGACGAUUCUGCACUUAAAGCAAAAUUAGGAAGUUCUCUUCUCAUACAAGAAAGAAAAAUAUGAAACAUUUUGUUACAAAAAUAUUUAAAAUCCAGGACUAAGUGAAAUUGGUUUCUUCAAGGGAUACAUUCAAGCAUACAUUUCUUAUCUGGACAUGGUAAUAUCGCCAGUAUCGUUUGUGUCCCAGUGCCUGGCAUGUCCAAACCUGCCAGCCCAAUGAAUGCUGACAGGGAUUUGUGCAUAUUACAGACCAACAAGGUAUGCGCCAAGAGUUUCAAAAUUAAAUUAGAGAGAGUCUGAAUGCUCAACCUGAGCCACUUUAAUGGAGGCCUGAUUUCAGCAAGUGAGUGCUUAACAUUUUCUAAAAAAAAAAAAAAAUCAGGCCCUUUUAAAAGAUCUUAAGUUGGGCACCCAAACUCACUAGUCACUUCAGAGAAUCUUGGCAAUAAGAAGUUUGUAUAUACGGUACAGGCAUCCAAAAAGAUCACCUUCAUAUUGACCUGAGCAUACGGGGCAAGAAAAGCACUCUUGUAUCCUUAAUACAUGUUGGUUUCAUGGCCUCUCCCCUCCAGGAGUAGUGUUGUUUUCUAUUUAUUAGUCAAUAUUAAACAUCAUUGGUGAGCAUGUUUCUAAUUUCCAGUGGUUUCAUACUGCACCUGAGAUAAGUCUAGUAUGAGAACAUGACCCUUUGAUGUAAGAUGAAUGUUUCUGUAGCAGGUGCUCUGUAUAUAAUGUUUGUCGAGAUGGCAUAUUGUGCCAGGAGCAGUAGAUUGUUCAAAACAUUCUCCAGAUAACAAAAUAAAACAAAGAAUGGAUAAUUUGGUCACUAUAAAUAAGAAAAAUUGGUAUUCUAAUCCAGAACUAUUAGCAAACUCAGUGCAAAGAAUACAGACUUCUCCAACUGCAAAAAUUAUUUAAUUUUAUCUGUGUUGGAUGUAAAUGGGAUCCAGCAGUGGGUAUGCUACUUAUGAAAUAUUACAUACUCACUACUGAGCUAUCUUGACCUGGAGAGGUAGCAGAGGGAACAAAUUCAAUACAUUGCUUUACCACUUUCUUCUGGCUUAUUUUUCUGAUGCUGAAAAUGGAACAGAGGAAUUUGUCUGAACAAGGUGUUGAUGAUCUAGGCUGUCACUGUGACAAGUGAAAAGAACUUUAUCACCAUAAAAGCGAUAGCAACCUUUGAUUUUGUAAAAUCUAUUAAUUUUGCAAACAUUCAUUGGAUUCAU